UCUUGUUAAAUGAGGGCAUACAUAACUGCUUUCUACCACAUUCCUAUAGCACUGCGUACCAAUCAACAAUGGAGUCCUUUCUAUCAUUUUGGUGCCUUAGCAGCUUGAGAUGGCCCGAGAUAUGUCUCUCUCUUAUGAUCUUCUUCUCCAUUCAUCACUUCAUCAGCCAAAGAAACAAACCAACCAAACCCUGGCCAUUCCUUGGCAUGCUCCCUCAGUUGCUUGGCAAUGUCCAUAGGCUCUAUGAUUGGAGCACAUACAUGCUCAAGACAUAUGGAGGCACGUCAACCUUCCAUGGACCUAGUCUCACCAACAUGAACUUUAUAUCAACUUGUGAUCCCAGAAACACAGAGUACAUACUGAAGGUGAACUUUGACAACUUCCCCAAAGGCGACGAGUUCUGCAGCAUCUUCUCUGAUCUCAUGGGCAAUGGCAUCUUCAACUCUGACUCGGAGUCAUGGAAGAAGCAGAGGAGGAUGGCAAAUUCUUUAGUGCACUCCAAGGCCUUCCGUGGAUUCAUGGCUAGAACCACACAGCACAUCGUAAGGCACCAGCUUGUGCCGGUGCUCAGCAGCUUGGCUCGGUCUAGCUCGUCUUUCGACAUGCAAGAUGUGCUACUAAGGUUCACCUUUGAUAGCACCUGCACUGCAAUCUUCGGAGAGAGUGUGAAUUCUCUAUCUAAAGAGCUUGCUUCAGUACCAUUUGCUAAAGCAAUGAAUGAUGCAAUGGAGUCCAUAAUGUACCGCUAUGUGGUGCCUAAGAGCUGGUGGCACCUUCUGCGGCUGCUCAAUAUCGGCAAAGAGAGGCAGUUGGCCAACGCCUUGGCAGUAAUUAACAAUUUUGUUUCUCAACAACUCAAGAUGAAGAUGAAGAUCAAGGGCUGUUCUGCAGGCAUGGACCUGUUAUCAGCUUAUGCUUCCGUUUCAGAUGAUGAAGAUUUUCUUAGAGACACAGCCGUAAACUUUCUGGUCGCCGGCCGUGACACUUCUGGAGCAGCACUAAGUUGGUUCUUCUGGCUUCUGUCCAGAAACCCAGAUGUGGAGAAGAAGAUAUUGGAGGAGCAGAGGAUGAUACUUGCAGAAACUCAGAGAGGUCGUUUCGACAUAGAGGACUUGAGCAAGAUGGUCUACUUGCAUGCUUCAAUUUGUGAAACACUAAGGCUGUAUCCGGUUGUGCCUAUGGGCCAAAAGGGUGUAGUGAAAGAGGACGUGCUGCCUAGUGGAACUGUGGUUAAACCAGGGACAAUAAUCUUGUAUAACAUAUAUGCAAUGGGGAGGAUGGAAUGGAUAUGGGGCAAAGACUGCCUUGAGUUCAAGCCAGAGAGAUGGGUAGAUGACCAAGGUCGGCUAAGGUAUGAGAACAGUGGGUUUAGGUUUCUGGCCUUCAAUGGGGGGCCAAGGACUUGUGUUGGCAAGGACAUGGCUCUGGUUCAAAUGAAGUAUGCUGCUGCUGAAAUUCUGUUGAACUUUGAAAUUGAUGUGGUAGAAGGACACCAUGUCUCUCCCAAGCCUUCCGUUAUUAUGACCAUGAAAAAUGGAUUGAUGGUUAAGGCAAAGGAGAAGCCUAAGAGAUGCAUGGUGUCAAAAUAAUUUGUCUCCGUUCAUCUUCUCUGCAAUCCGAAAGAUCGUUUCUCCA